UAUCUCAAUACCCUUACUAUCUAAUUAGACGUAGAAAUGAUCACUCACCCUAACUAUAGCGGAUUGAGGGAUUUGAAGAUUAUCUCGGCUUGGACAAACUGUCAUCAUGACCUCCGAUGAUCUUGACAAUUUUUUUUUUGUAAGGGUAGAUUAUACAUACACCUGGAUCCAGAAAUUCUCACGAGUCAAAGGAACUGUUAAUGGGUUGCUCCAGACGCUUAAGAAUGACAAUACUAUUCUCAUAAGACCACGGGGCACUCGUCAACACCCUACUCCUCCAAUUCUUUAAUGUCAACCAGGCCUCGAAGCAUGCACCAACCAUGCAUGGUAUAUAUCUCAGCUCUAAAUAGUAGUAAUCUUCACCGAUAUAUAGAACUCGUCCAACCACUGAGAAGUUAGUUUGGGAUCGAAAAGUUUAGGUCUGACAGCGCCUCCUCCACAUUCACUUCUUCCAACAGCAUGCAGCUUUUCCAUUGAUCAACGAGAUCGAGCUCAAUUGGACAUAGUCAAAGUGAUCGCCGUCAUGCAAAACCCAGAAAAGUGUUUUAAAAGCCGGCCUCGCUCUUCAGGGUCUCUGAAACACAAACCCAUCAAAUUGCUGCGCGGAAGGAAAAACAAAUGGAGAAAUUAAGGGACGCACUUAAGAUCGGUUAUGAAAAUGAAAAUAGAAAGAAACAGAUUGAACUUCAGGCUUUAGACUCUGGAUUGAGUGGUAAUGAUUAUGACAAGUCAAAAAGUCAUAGAAUUGAUGGGAGAAUGGAUAAAAUAAAGGGAAAAGGUGUUCCUAAGUAUCAGAAAAAGGGAGACCCUGAGGAUUCAUCUGAUAGUGAUAGUCUUGGAGAGAGCACUGGAAGGGUAAAAAAAAAGAAUAUGAAAGCUCAUAAAGAGACUGAAUCAGAUAUUGACUAUAAGAAGAGGUCAAAGAAAUCAACAAGGAAUGAAGAUUCUGCUGAGAGUGACAGUGGUGGAGAGAGCAUUCAGAGGUUCAAGAACAAAAAGAGCAGGAAAGGGCAUAAAGAUACUGACUAUAAGACGAGGUCAAAGAAAUCAACAAGGAAUGAAGACUCUGCUGAGAAUGACAGUGGUGGAGAGAGCAUUCAAAGGUUCAAGAAGAACAAGAAGGGAAAGAAAUGGCUUAAAGAUACUGAUUCUGAUGGUUCAGAGACAAGGGCAAAGAAAUCAACAAGAACUGACGAUUCCACUGAUAGUGAUAGUGAUGUAGGUGAGUGCACUGAAAGGGUCACUAAAAAGAACGUGGAAGAGCGUAAACAGAUUGAUUCUGAUGGUUCAGAGAUUGACUAUAAGAAGAGGACAAAGAAAUCAACAAGGAAGCACAGAAAAAGUAGGAGGCAUUCUGAAACUGAAGUGAGCUCUCGUUCUUCCUCAGAGUCAGAUUAUGUGGAUGGUGAUCAAGGUGGAAAAAAGCUGUUGCAGCAUGUGUGUCAGGGAGGUGAUAGUAAGUUUUCAAGAUAUGGACAAAAUAGAAGAGAAAGCAGGAAAGAUGGUGACAGACAUGAAAGUGAACACAAAAGAGAUGAUGAACAAAAGUUGAAUGACAAACAUGAAAGGGUUGCAGGAUAUGGAAAACUUAGGAAAAGGCAUGAAGAGGAGAGUUGUAAAGAAUAUGAAUCUUCCAAGAGAACUAGAUAUGAUGAUUCACGUUCUCCUGGUGAUAAGGACAUUUCUAGACUUGGGCAUGAUAUAAAAGAAAGAAUGAAGGAUGGGCAGUCAAGAAAACACAAAAGAGAUGAGGAAAAUUUGAAAGAGAAGCAUGAAAGGGACCAUGUAAAGGUUAGAGAAGGGCAUGAAGAGGGGGUUGGUAGGAAACUGCAUGAGGGAGAUGUAGAAUAUGAACCUCUCAAGAGAGGGAAGUAUCAUGACUCACGCUCUACUGGUGACAAGAACCUUUGUAGAUACAUGCAGGAUAGUGGAGAAAAAAUGAAGGAUGAUGAGAGUCAGGCAAGGAAACACAAAAUAGAUAAUGCUGAUGCUGAUGAUGUGAAACAGAAGCAUGAAAGUGUUGCAGACCAUGGAAGGCUUGGGAAGGAGCAUGGAGAGGAGAUCGAUGGCAGACGCCGUGAGAGGGAUAGAGAUUAUAGUUCUUCAAAGAGAGGAAGAUGUGAUGAUUCGCGCUCUACAGGAAGAAGAAGAAGAUAUGAUGAUGACAUAUAUUAUGAUGAGGGGUCAAAGCAUUGAACAUACAAUGUAUCUCAUAUCAGAUGCCUCAAAAAAUUAGCCAGUGGUAUCAUCUAAUUCAUUUAUUUCAAGUUUCAAUUUCUAAUGUUGGAUAUAUAGUAGCCUUUGUGUUGAAAUCUCAGUUGCUAUAUUUCGAUUACUAAGAUACACGCAUACUUUAUUUUUUAGUUUGAUCAAUUUACAGUACUUCUGUAAAUACAAAUUUCCAUUUUUGGAAAGGCAUAAGAGUUUAUUGAUUUAAAAGUUCUGUGGUUGCACCAUAUCUAGUUUGAGCAGGAGAAUAGAAUAUAUUUUCUUGUGAACUUCGAUUGAAGACUCAUAAUCAGGGAAUUAUAGUUGGUGAUAUGAUUAAUUUGAAAUGAUUUUUAAACCAAUGGUUAAUUAUGUUUUGUUUACUCAAUCUCAUCAACUACGUAGUAUUAUUUCUAAGUUUAACCUUGCAUUAUUUUUCCAGAUUAUGGUUUAAGUUUCACGGGUGUAGUUUAUUAAGCCAUGUGCUUAAAUAUGGGUCUAGGUUGGGGCUUGGAUUGCUGACAGUUUUGUUUAUUUUUAUAGGUAAACUCUGAUAUGGGUCAAGUGGCACGUGGAGUGAAAGCAUGCCUUGCCGUCUUUGUUAUUGCGAAAUGUAGUGUACUUGUUGCCCCUCCAUGAGGGAGUUGUUGCCACAUUCCCUCCCCCGCUUGCUGUUAUAAGAAAGAAAAGGUUCUUGUUCCAAUACACACUUGUACGCUAUGAUACUUGUGUUCUUGCAUUAAUCGACUGCACUGGUUUUUAAGAACAGUUGUGUAUUUAUUGCAUGCCUUUUACCUCUCCUCGCUGCCUCUACAUGAACGGAUGAG